AUGUCCGUCUUUACCUUUGGCGACUCGGGCGUCGCGUCUCCAAAGUUUAUCGUCAUCUCGCUCGUUCUUCUUCUCAUCCUAUUAUUCACCAUUGGGGUCUUGUGUUUCUUUCUACAGCGAAAGUCGAGACUUUACUCAGCGGCGCAUUCCCUCCCCCACCUCCGUACCUGGCUCGAAAACCACGCGAGGAUGGAGCUCGAGCCAGAUAAACCUGAAUAUUUUGAUAUAAUUGCGGAUGAGGUGACAGAUGGAGUCGGUUUUGAUAAAGAGUGGACGCCCAUCGCCUUGGAAGAAUUUCAACCAACCAAUGCUGAAGAGCUGGCCACGAAGCGUUGGAAAAUAGGACGUAAAAGGCUUGACGGGAGGCCUAAACAGGAGGUCCGUGCCAGGCUCUGCAUGUCGACCAUCAUUCGUAUGCCAACGACGGGCGCAUCAGAUCAUCAUCCCAACAUGCAUAGUGGUGAAUUGGUACUCGGUACGAUGGACUGUACAUGA